CAUCCCUGUUUGGGGGCGUUUUGUUCUGCUUUACCCGGAUAUGUGCAGCGGCUGUGCAUGAUAAAGUACAAGGCAAGGAGGGCGCCUCUACCCUUCUUCCAGCAAGGAGCCAAACUGGUCCUGCCCACAACUAAUGGAUUCCAGCGCUAACCGAGUGUUACAAUCACCAGAAUGAGUGACAGUACCUGAAACCUUGGCCUACUAUAUCAAAUCAGAGAAUUCAUCUCCUCCAACAUGGCAGGUAAGAAAGUGCUCAUCAUCUACGCACACCAAGAACCCAUGUCCUUCAAUGGGUCCCUGAAGAAAGUGGCUGUUGAAGAACUGAGCAGGCAGGGAUGUGCAGUCACUGUGUCCGACUUAUAUGCCAUGAACUUUGAGCCAAGAGCCACAAGAAAUGACAUCACUGGUGCCCUCUCUAACCCUGAAGUCUUCAGAUAUGGGAUAGAAGCCUAUGAAGCCUACAAGAAGACAACUCUGACCAGUGACAUACUUGAGGAGCAGAGAAAGGUGCAAGAAGCUGACCUAGUGAUAUUUCAGUUCCCACUAUACUGGUUCAGCGUUCCAGCAAUCCUAAAAGGCUGGAUGGAUCGGGUGCUGUGCCAAGGGUUCGCCUUCGACAUCCCAGGCUUUUAUGACUCUGGUUUGCUCAAGGGUAAAUUAGCUCUCCUUUCCUUAACCACUGGAGGUACAGCUGAGAUGUACACAAAAACUGGGGUCAGCGGAGAUUUCCGGUACUUCCUGUGGCCACUCCAGCAUGGUGUAUUGCACUUCUGUGGAUUUAAAGUCCUUGCCCCGCAGAUCAGUUUUGGUAUUGAUGUUUCAUCGGAAGAAGAAAGAAAAGUGAUGGUGGCAUCAUGGGCCCAGCGGCUGAAGGGCAUCUGGAAGGAAGAGCCUAUCCUCUGCACGCCCCCUUGGUACUUCCAAGAGUAACCUUGCUGCUCUGAGUACAGCUAAUGAGCAGCAUGGUGAGAGGCCUAAAGCAUGCGCAAAGAGAAGGUGGUGCUGUAUCCAGAGAUGCAGCUAACGGUGCACAUCAAUGAGUGUUUCCAGUUUCAUGCAACCAGAUCAGAUAUUUCAAUAAUUAAAGAGAAGGUGGUGCUGUAUCCAGAGAUGCAGCUAACGGUGCACAUGCAACCAGUUUCAUGCAACCAGAUCAGAUAUCUCAAUAAUCAUUUGGUGCACUGUA